CUUCGCGGAGCACCGCAUUGCGCAUGCUCACACGGGGCGGGCCGUACUACUACCGUAGGUAUCGGCCACACAGCAGGGACAAGUAGGCAAACUUUCCCAAGUAAAGUUACUGACCAGUGACCACCAGGAAAGUACAAACCAGAGACCCGCGCACAUUUCAUACUCCUAUUUUUAAUUUCUUCGACCAUCUUGCACGAAGAUACAAAACAAAUCCACGUUUAAGUGACACGCAGACGGUAUCAAUUGGAUGUAACCAACUUCCCCGGGAUAUUUUGACUACACAGCACGUAUCAACGCGAGGAUGGGACGCUUGGUUUGAGCAAUGUCCAGUUGAUUAUGUGCUGUUGGGUGGAAAAUGUCAAGUACAGUGACUGAGCCUCAAAAUCCGACCAAGAAAUCUCAUGGCAACAAGGAUGAAGUCUUUGUAGCACCUCAGGGCUCAGCAAAAACUCCAAGGAAAGUACUUGGCCCCUGUACAGUACCAGCAGAGAACCUGCUAAACAUGGGUCCCCUCACUACGCCUACAAAAGGCAGGGAAAUAGGGUCUGGUGAGCCCUGGACACCAACCUCCAACCUCAAAAUGCUGAUUAGCGCUGCUAGCCCUGACAUUAGGAACAGGGAGAAAGAGUUGUGCAUGGACAAUGAUGGAACCCUUGACUCUGCACAGGACACUGAACAUGGGGAGGAGGCAGAGAAACUGAGCAGCAGGAAAGACAAGAGUCUGGGUUUGCUCUGUCACAAGUUCCUCGCUCGCUACCCAGAUUAUCCUGAUCCGGCCCUCAACAAUGACAUCUGCCUGGAUGAUGUGGCCACUGAACUUAAUGUGGAGCGCCGGCGCAUUUACGACAUUAUGAAUGUGCUUGAGAGUCUGCACAUGGUGAGCCGCUCAGCCAAGAACCGCUACACGUGGCAUGGACGUGCCAACCUGACUCAGACCCUGGCCAUUUUGAGGCAAGUGGGUGAGGAGCAUCGGUAUGGCCAACAGAUGCAACAGAUUCGGCAGCGCUGCCUGGACAAAGAGUUUGAUUUUGAUGGGGAGGAGAGGGAGAACGAGGAGGUGGCAGAUUUGGAGGGCGGGGAGCUGGGACAAAAGGAGAUGUUCUUUGUGGAGCUUCCAGGAGUCGAGUUUAAAGCAGCCUCUGUGAACAGCCGGAAAGACAAGUCUCUGAGGGUAAUGAGCCAGAAGUUUGUUAUGCUCUUCCUGGUUUCCAGUCCUCGUGUGGUCAGUCUGGACGUGGCUGCCAAGAUCCUCAUCGGAGAGGACCAGGCAGCAGAUCAGGACAAAAAUAAGUUCAAGACCAAAGUGCGCCGGCUGUAUGAUAUAGCUAAUGUGCUGCGGAGCCUGAAGCUGAUAGAGAAAGUUCAUGUGACAGAGGAGAGGGGGAGGAAACCAGCCUUUGAAUGGGUCGGCCCUGAAGAAUUCCCCAAAGUGAAAGAUGCAGAGAGCUCCACAUCUGGCUAUCCGCCCACAAAACGCAGGGUAUUGGAGUCCCGUGCCUCAGUAGAGAACUGUGCCAAAAACCUCUUUUCAUCACCCGGUGGUAAACGCAGCUUCACUCGACACCCCUCUCUCAUCAAGCUGGCCAGGAGCAUUCAAGAUGACCGUCGCAAGAUCAACUCAGCCCCCAGCAGCCCUGUCAAGAAUGUCAUCAGUGAUUCAUCAGUCACUGACUUUCCUAACAAAAUGGCCCAACUCGCUGCUAUUUGUAAGAUCCAACUUGACCACGAGUCAACCACUGGAGAUAAAGUUUCAAAGCCUGCUGUUACUAAGGUGGUUGCAGCUGUCCCGGAGCCACAACCAGAUGCCGCAAAACCAAAGGAACCUCCACAGGCACCAGCACUAACUCCAACCCAGGAGCCCAGAGUCAACACUACUGUCCACCUCACCCCCCACGCCACACUCCCAUCCCAGCCCACAGGGACAGUGUCCUAUUUCCCUGCCCGGUGUUCACCCAUGAUCCCUGUGCUGUUACCUCAGCAGGGAGGAAGUGUGCCCUACGCCCUGUAUUUGCAACCUUCUUCCUUCAGGCCACAUCUUCAUGACAGGCCACAGCCAACCAGUCUCGCCGUACGCUCCAUGACAUUCGAGGACAAGACCGGGCAGAGCCCCACCAGCCAAUCAGCUGAUAAAAGCCAGCUUGCUUCCAGGGCAGCAGAGCUCAGCCCCUCAGCCCCCAAGCGGCUGUGUUCAGAGCCAGCCUCAGAGAGCAGCCCCUCCAAAGCCAAGAGAACUGACUCCAGCUUCAAGGAUACUUCUCCAAAGCUGUGUGACAUCCUGCAGGCACGUUUAAAGCCCCGUCGUGGGGGUAAUCUCUCCAGUCGACCGUCCCCUCGCGCCCUGCACCUGGACCCGGAGUUCAUUAACACCCCCGGCGGUGCCACAGCCAAUCAGGCGCUAGAGCAGAGUGUGGAGACGUUCCUGGAGAGGGAGGACAAAACAGUGAGCUCUGACAGCGAGGCAGGAUUAACCCCCAUCCGAGCUGUUCCCCUUACACCUGGACACAUCCACACUGAGACUUUGGUGCCAGCAGGAUACUUGAUCCCACUCUCCCACCAGUCCCUCAUCGGCUACAAGGAUCUUCAGGGCUCCAGCAGAGAAAGCAGCAAGUCCUUAACUCCCACCUACAACAUCUAUCACACACCAACUGCAGGCUCCAGACCUCCACCAGCCCAGGAGAUCACCCCCACCAGCCUUCCUCUCCACAGACCUGCUGCCGCCUCUCCACAUUCCACCCAGGGCCACCGCAUCCACAGCCCUAGCCCCGCCAUCCUCAACUUCACCCUGCAGAACCUGGGCCUGAUCUCAGCACCCAGCCCAAGCAACACUUACGUUCCCCCACAGACCCCAGAGCGAGGUAACACCCUGCUCAGCCCACUGCCGCCCCAUCUGCAGCAGAGAAGCAUGGUGUUCGUCAAGCCCAUGUCUCCUGUGCCUGUCCAGCCGUCUGUGCCGGGGCAACCGCUGACACUCAUCAGCGUACACCAGCCUGUGAUGACCACGCCCAAAGGGACAAGCCUCUCUCAGCAGAGCUUCUUCCACACACCUGUCUCCCUCUCACCUCUGGCUGCUGUGGUGACCAGCGGGGGACACUCAACCUCCAAAACUGUUUACAUCCCUCAGAGGAAGCUGGACGUCAGCACCGAGGACUCCUGAAGGCCUGGCCACCCUUCCUUUGUUGUUGUAUGAGAUGCAUUUAUGGGUAUAACAUUUGUGUUGGUGCUGUAUUGGUGUUCGUUUUUCAUUACUUCUGAUGGCUGGCUUGGUGUUCUUCCUUAGCUGUAUGUGGAAAAUACAGGAGGUAACGUAGCAUUUCAUUGCAGACUCAUUGCCUUCAUCUCAUCACAGACAACUCCAAAAAUAGUUGUGAUGCAGAAUGCAGCCAUGGACACUGAGAAAGAGAUUUACCAUGACCAUUUCAUACCCAUCUGACCAUAUUCUGAGGAACACCAUAACAUGUGCAGUAUGAUAUGGUACAAACUGUUAAACUGCAUUCCAGAGGACAUUACCAAAUGGUGAAGGGUUAUUUUUCAUAGUUGUCUGAAUAAUUUCUGUGAAUAUGGGUUACAUGAAUGCCAAAAUGUUUUGAAUUUUCAGAGUAACAAGCAUAGUGAAUGUCCCAUAUGUGCCAUAGAUAACAAAAACAACAAAUUCACCUCAGCCUAAAUGGAAACAGAAGUUUUUAACUGAAAGAUGGAUUUCAUUGGAAAGCAUUGUAGAUUUGAUUGUUUUGUGUAUAACUAAAACUUAGAAAGAUUACAGCUUUUGCACAUGUACAUGUCAACUGUUACCCUUCAAAAGUGGAAUUGUGAAGAUGAAUAUUUGUAAUGGAUUCUAAGACUAAUCAGACAUUUUGAUGAAUUUAAUUUAUGAGAAAUUACCAUCAUUUCAAAUGUCAUACUAAAUGGAAAAUGCAGAAUACAUUUUUAAUAUUGUUUUCUAAGAA